AUGAAGUUCUCUUUAAUCGUGUUCGGUGCUCUGGUCGCGUACGCCGCGGCACAGACUUUGGAACAUGGUCCAGUGAUUGACGUUCUGCAGAGCGACAUUGCCCAGCGAGCGGACUACAACAGGGAUAAGAGAUCGUUGAUCGGAUUGGGAGCACUCGGUGCAGUGGGUCUGGGUGCAGGCCUUAUCGGUGCUAAAGCUGGAUUGGUUGGUGGAGCCUUAGUUGGCGGUGCUCUUCACGGCCGCAGCUUCGGUGGCUACGGAUAUGGCGGCCAUGGCGGAUAUGGCGGGUAUGGAGGAUACGGCGGUUAUAGAGGAUACGGCGGAUAUGGAUAUGGAGGAUACGGACAUGGCUACGGACACGGAUACGGACAUGGUUACGGUGGACACGGAUAUGGUGGAUACGGGAACUAUUACCCCACAACCUACUACGCGGCGGAUCCUUGGUGCUAA